AUGCCAGACCCAAACCUUCAAUCCUACAUAGCCUCGCACUACCUCUCUGGUCCAAAAGCUGACGCUAUCCUAGCUCGGUCCUCAGACGGCAAGCUCAAACGCAAGAAGAAGAAGCCCAAGACCGAAUCCACGGACGCUUCCUCAACUGGCAUUGUUAUCAAAGACGAUGCAGAUUCAUGGAAAGUUGCUUUCGGUGAUGACGAGGAUGAGGACGGAUUGAUGCCUCAAAUUGUCAAUCAGGCAGAUGGGGGACCCAGUAAAGCGUUUCGCAAGAUCAGCUCAAGCAGCAAGAUCAUCCCGGACGAUGCAGAUGUCAAGGAAGAAUCGUCAACAGCAGUCGAAGAACAGACAGCAUUCAAAGCAGGGUUGAGGAGCAAAGAGGAGAUGAAAGCUGCACGUUUGGCUCGUGAAGAACGGCGCAAACGCGAAGCCGAAGCCUCUGCAUCUACCUCUACCUCACAAGCUGCUGUCGGUAAGGGAGGAGAUGAAAAGGAUGAAGAGGCAAGACUAGCCCAAGAAACGAUCUACCGAGACUCCUCCGGUCGCAUUAUCGACAUCAAAGCGCAAGAAGCCCACGAAAAAGCACUCGAACGCGAACGGCAGCUGAAAGAAGCAGAACGCAAAACAUGGUCGCAAGGUCUCGUGCAGAAACAACAGAAAAGGCAGGCUGAAGAACAAUUGGCUUCUAUUCGAGACAAAUCUAUCUCCCGUAAAGCGACAGAUGAAGAGUAUAAUCGGCACUUUAAGGAACAGGAGAGAGCAGAUGAUCCAGCAUUGGCAUUUAUGACGAAGAAAAGAGAAAAGGGACCACAGAAACCAAAGUACAAAGGUCCUUGGCCUCCGAAUAGGUUCAAUAUUCCACCUGGGUACAGAUGGGAUGGAGUCGAUAGAGGGAAUGGAUUCGAGAGGGCACUGAUCGAGAGAAAGGCUGUGCUGGAGAAUAGGGAGAGAGAGGCUAGGGCUUGGGGUCAAGCUGAUAUGUAA